GACAAAAAAACAGGAACGAAUACAUAAACGAGUGAAACGAAUACAAAGGAACAAGGAUCAAUAGAAGUGGAUUAAUUUUUUCAUACUUGAAACAAUAUUCACCGCUAGAGGGUGCACACGUUGGGUCACCUGAUCAAAGAUGUCAACCGAACGGAAAGUGUACCGCGAACUGUUUUUCACAUUGUUUAAGUGUAUACACAUAUCAUAUCUAAAUCAAAGGAUGAGUAGAUCAACAGAUUGGGACGUAGAACAAUAUAAAACGGAGCACGAAUGCGACGAGCAUUGGGAAUUAAGACGUAAAUUUUUAAUAACUCAUAAGGAUAAGUUUCCAGAAGAUGAAUUACUAUGUUUAGCACAAGUCUUUACCAAUGUUGAGAUUUUAGGUUGCAGAUAUCCUAAAGAAACUAUGAAUUUGAUAUCAGAGUUAGCCCAAGAUAUUGUAUGUGAAUAUAGGGAAAGAAAAAAGAAUAAAUUACAGAGAACAUUUGUCAAAGCAUCAGAUGCUGCCCGUACUAAGGCACAAGGUACAUCCAAAAUUCAAGGUAGUAGCACGGAGAAGAUGGAAACAAGUACAAAUGAUUCGAGCUCAAUUAAAAAUGAAAACAAGAUAGAUAACGUACCUGCUAAAAAAAAUAAACCAGACACGUCUCCAUUUGGAGAUAUGGUAUUAGUUGAAAGACCUGGUGAUUUACCGCAAACUAUACUUUCCUGCUCUGUCAACCUUACUGGUGGAAAUAUCCAAUGGAAAAUGAAUAAGGCGAAUAUAAACAAGUGGCAAUGUAUUAUUUUAAUUAACGAUAAACAAGUCACAGAAUGUUACGGCACAAAUCCAAAGCUUGCCAAAAAAGAAGCAUCGGUCAAAGCAUUACAAGAAUUACAAAAACAUUAUUAUACUAUCAAGAUUAAGAAUAAUUUUAUCGAAGAAUCUUGUGUGACAACAACGACAAUGCUGCAAAAUACAUCAUCACCGCAGGAAUCCGUUUCUGAUUCUAUUUCUGAUGACAACAUUGGUAAGAAGUUAAUGAGACUUAUGGGUUGGACUGGUGGAGGACUUGGAAAAUCUCAACAAGGGAUUAUCGAGCCAGUGAUCGUUAAACAACAAGUUAGUCGAGAUGGUUUAGGAUUGAAAGUUAAAUCAACAAAUCUACGCGAAUUUGAAUUUAAGUGUAGAGAAAUAUUAAAAAAAUAUCAAUCGGGUGAUUUGAAAACUGAUUUAGUAUUCUCUCCAGAAUUCUCCAAUGAAGAAAGAAUGAUAAUACACAAACUUGCGCGACAAAUGGGCCUAAAAUCUCAUAGUUAUGGUUCGAAAGAGCAAAGAAAAUUAGUCAUAUCUCGUAAAAUUGAUUUAAGGGAUUUAGUUAUCGAAUUGAAAAGUCUCGGUGGAAGCACAGACAAAUACGAGCUUAUAAAACCAAAUUCCGUUUAGGACCAAUUACAAAUAUAUAUAUAUAUAAACAUAUAUAUUUUAUCUUUCGCACUACUACAACAUGUGAGAUUCGUGUCCAAACUUUGUUUCAAACAUAAGCAUGGAAUACAGCACUGAACUUUGAUAUGCAGGUGUUAAAUCAUAAUGCAAGAAGUUAAAAGAGAUUUUCCAGUCUUAUAGAAGCAAUAUUAAAUGACAUUGAUAUACUUGUAGGUAUAUUACAAUUAAGUUUUAGCACAAAAAAAGUAAAAAAG